AUGCCAUCCAUGCCUGCAGGCUGGACGUGCGUCGGUCGUUCCCGCGCCAAGGCCGCUUGCAUGCCAAGUGCGUUUGCGUUUGCAGAUGGAGACGUUGCUCUGACUCUCUCUCGCACACGCAUGGAUCAGCGCAGACACGCAUCGAUUGUUGCUGCCCCGCCGUGGUCAAGCAACGCGCUCAAGGAGGGCAGAGUCAGAUUGAAGCAGUUAGCAUGGCGUAGUCCUACCUUAUCCACCCAAGAUCGAGGUCCCUUGCUGGGAAUGGUUCUCAGAAUGUGA